AAGAUGGACAAUAUUUGUAACAAUGCCUGUGAGGUUUUUAACUCACGAAUUAAGGAGGCCAGAGCUAAACCCAUCAUCACACUAUUGGAAGAAGUUAGAAUGUAUGCUAUGAGGACAAUUGCUAGGAAUAAGGUGAAACUUAGGAGCCAUAUUGGAAUUUUACCCCCAAUACAGCGUAGUAGGUUGGAGAAGAUAAGGAAGGAAUCAAAGAGUUGGAAUCCUGUAUGGUCUGGAGACGAAAAGUAUGAAAAGUUUGAAGUCAUUGGCCACCCAACCAAUAUGGUAGUUGAUUUGGGAGAGAGGCUAUGUUCUUGUGGUUUUUGGCAACUAAGUGGGAUGCCUUGUGUCCAUGCUUGUGCUGCGUUGGCUAGGGCCGGAAAACGUCCUGAUGAAUUUUGCCACAAGUGGUUGACAAUGGAUGCAUAUAAUGACACAUAUGCAUUCCAUUUAAAUCCUAUUCCUGGCCAAGCAAUGUGGGAGAAGUCUCCAUACAAUAGACCACAAGCUCCGAAAUUCAAAAAGAUGCCAGGAGGACCCAAGAAAAAACGUAGAAAGGAUGCUAACGAGGACCCUGAUGGAAGCAACAAGCAAAAGACCAAGAUGAAGAGGUCUUAUAAAAAAGGUUCUUGUCGCUAUUGUGGGGAAAAAGCCCACACCAAGAGAAACUGUCCAAAAAGAAAAGCUGAAGAAAUGGCAGCUGCUAUAGCAGCUGCGGCUGCUGCUGCUAAAAGUAGUAAUUCCAACCCUGCUGUUCAUCCCAUUACUACUCCAGUUGUGAACCCUACUCAUGCUAUUCCACCUGCUGCUGUACCAUCUCAAGUUGGUGCACAUCAAAAAAUUCAGAAUGAAGGCCAGGCUGAGGUUGAACUUGGCAUGAGUCAACCAAUUAUGUCUCAAAAUGAAGAUUCUCUACAGAUGGAGACUAGUUUAGUGCAACAUAAUGCAAGGCCCCCAAAGCUUACAACCAAAAGAAUGGUGUCCCAACCAUCUAGUACUCCACCAGCAACCAAUGUACCAGUUGAUCCAAUGCAAGGUGCAUCUUCAGGGACAGCCACACGACUAGCUAGUUUCAUGAAAUUUGUCCCUACUCCCGGAUUCAAACCUCCAAGAAAAAAGAAUUGAAUUGUUGAUCAUUCUGUCUUUGGGAGCUUUA